AGAGAGAGAGAGAGAAAGAGAGAGAGUGUGUUCGAGUGAGAGAACGGGAGAGAGAGAGAGAGAGAGAGACUGAUGCUCUGAGACCGAGAAUGGAAAAGCAGAAAGAGAGAGCAGCAGAGAGAGAGAGAGAGAAACAGAAACAGCUCGCAUCAACAGGAGAGCAACGCAAAGCUGACUGUCGAAGCAACUGGAAAGAGUGAUUUAGUGAGAGAGAUAGAGGAGAAAGAGAGAGAGAGAGAGAGAGAGAGAAGCAAAGAGAAGACAGGACCGAAGAGGACAAGGAAAAAAGAAAGAAUAAAGCCUGACAAAAGCUGAGAGUGGGAGCUAUUGCCUACCCUCACCGAAGUGUAAUCUUAGGCAGAGCAGCCCGAGUGUGUACUGUUAGGCACAGCAGCCCGAGUGUGUACUGUUAGGCACAGCAGCCCGAGUGUGUACUCUUAGGCAGAGCAGCGCGAGAGUGAACUUCGUCCGCUCGCUCCUGUCACUCCACAGACCCGGCAAUGAUCUCCCGGGUCUUCCUCCUCGGCUGGCUCCUGGGACACGGGGUGAACGCCAUGUUUUCCCAGCAGCCCCAGGACCUGGUGGUGGUGGCGGGCCAGCCGGUCACCCUGCCCUGCUCCAUCCCCGGUUACCACGGCGUCGUGCUCUGGAUCAAGGACGGGCUGGCCCUGGGCGUCGGCCGAGACCUUUCAGGCUACCCGCGGUACUCGGUGGUGGGGGACCACGGCUCGGGGGAGCACCACCUGCGGAUCCAGCGCGUGGAGCUGACGGACGACGCCGUCUUCGAGUGCCAGGCCAUCCAGGCGGCCAUGAGGUCCCGCACCGCCCGCCUGACCGUGCUGGUGCCCCCCGAGGACCCCAUUAUUAACGGCGCGCCGGUGAUCAGCCUGAGAGCGGGCGACCCCCUCAACCUCACCUGCCACGCCGACAACGCCAAGCCUGCCGCCUCCAUCAUCUGGAUCCGAAACGGCGAGGUGCUGAACGGGGCCAUGUACUCCAAGACACUCCUACGGGAUGGGCGGAGAGAGAGCACCGUCAGCACCCUCUACAUCUCCGCGUCCAACAUCGAGACGGGCCAGCAGAUCACCUGCCGCGCCUCCAACAAAGCGGUGCCCAACGGCAAGGAGACCAGCGUCACCAUCGACAUCCAGCACCUGCCUCUGGUUAACCUCUCUGUGGAGCCCCAGCCCAUCUUAGAGGGAAACCUGGUCAAGUUCCACUGCUCCGCCAAGGCCAACCCACCCGUCACCCACUACAGGUGGGCCAAAGGAGGCACCGUAAUCAAGGAGGUGUCAGGAGACACCUACGAGGUCAUCGUGGACCACUCCUUUUUCACCGAGCCGGUGUCCUGUGAGGUCACCAACCCCCUGGGAAGCACUAACAUCAGCCGCAAUGUGGACGUCUACUUCGGGCCUAGGAUGGCAGCAGAACCGCAGUCCCUUCAGGUGGACCUAGGUUCAGAUGCCGUGUUCAACUGCGCCUGGACCGGCAACCCUUCCCUCACUAUAGUGUGGAUGAAACGGGGAUCAGGAGUGGUGCUGAGUAAUGAGAACAUCCUGACACUGAAGGCGGUGAGACAGGAGGAUGCUGGGAAGUACGUCUGCCGGGCCGUGGUCCCUCGAGUGGGGGCGGGAGAGAAGGAGGUAUCCCUCACUGUUAACGGACCGCCCACCAUCUCCAGCACACAGACUCAGCAGGCCCUACAUGGAGAGAAGGGACAGAUCAAGUGCUUCAUCCGGAGCACCCCUCCCCCGGACCGCAUCGCAUGGUCCUGGAAAGAGACAGUUUUGGAGUCUGGGACCUCGGGCCGGUACACGGUGGAGACGGUGAGCACGGAGGAGGGCGUGAUCUCCACCCUCACCAUGAGCAACAUCGUCCCGGCGGACUUCCAGACCAUCUACAACUGCACGGCCUGGAACAGCUUCGGCUCCGACACCGAGAUCAUCCGGCUCAAGGAGCAAGAAUCGCUGCCGGUGGCCGUCAUCAUCGGCGUGGCCGUGGGGGCCUUCGUGGCCUUCAUCGUCCUGAUGGGGACCAUCGGCGCCUUCUGCUGCACCCGCUCUCAGAGGAAAGAAGCGCACCUGGUUAUGCCCUCUCUGCCUGUCUCCAUCUCUGCUCACCAGAGAGACCUUGCCAGCAAAAUUAAGACAGAAAAUCUGAAGGGGGUGGUGUCCGCCAAAAACGACAUCCGCGUGGAGAUCGUCCACAAGGACCACAAUGCCGCGCGGGAGAACGAGGAGCACGCGGCCAUCAAGCAGCUGAUGGUGAGCGCACAGGCCUCAUCCCCCCAACCCCCCAACUUUAUUGAGAGGGGUGAGUUUCAGCAGGAAUCGGUGCUGAAACAGUUAGAGGUGCUGCAGGAGGAGGAGAAGGAGUACCAGCACAUUAAGGACCCGACGAAUGGGUACUACAGCGUCAACACGUUCAAAGAGCACCACUCCACGCCCACCAUCACCCUGGCAGGAAACCAGGCCGCCGAGAUACGCAACCCCGCCGCCGCCGCCGCCGCCACGGGCAAGCAGAGGGUGCCCACGGGCAUGUCCUUCACCAACAUCUACUCCACGCUGGGCGCCGGGCCCAACCGCCUGUACGACUACAGCCAGCGCUUCGUGCUGGGCAUGGGCAGCAGCUCCAUCGAGCUGUGCGAGCGGGAGUUCCAGCGCGGCUCGCUGAGCGACUCCAGCUCCUUCCUGGACACGCAGUGCGACAGCAGCGUCAGCAGCUACAGCAAGCAGGACGGCUACGUGCAGUUCGACAAGGACAGCAAGGCCUCGGCCUCCUCGUCCUCCCACUACUCCCAGUCCUCCUCGCAGAACUCGGACCUCACCCGGCCCCUGCAGAAGCGCAUGCAGACCCACGUGUGACAGAGAGGGGG